AUGUCCAACCCGCCACUCCAUCUCCAGCCAGUCAGCAGCAAUGCUCCGGGGGCGCGGUAUUCGUUCCUAAACACUCCAGCAGAGUACCAGGCACCGACCUUCCUGCCCCGGAACUCGAAUCCCUCCAACACCACCGACAGACGGCCGGCCCAGAGUGACCCAGCAUCGUCUCCAGAACAUCAAGGCCUCCGCCAGUUGGCGUAUAGCACGGACGCUACGAAGGCUCUUCCUCCGGCUCAGCCGGCGCUUAGCCAGCCUCCGAACGACCCACCCCUGAAUACCGUACCGCCACCCUUAUCAGAACAUCCAGCCCAGUACGCCCCAUAUGCAGACUCCCCUAUCAUCCCACCCGGGCAACAACAG